UAAACUUGAGUUGGAAGAGGCGAGUCCGGUCUCAAAAUGGAGGGCCAUGAUCCAAAGGAACCAGAGCAGUUGAGAAAACUGUUUAUCGGAGGUUUGAGUUUUGAAACUACAGAUGAUAGUUUGAGAGAACAUUUUGAGAAAUGGGGCACACUUACAGAUUGUGUGGUGAUGAGAGACCCCCAGACAAAACGCUCCAGAGGCUUUGGUUUUGUGACUUACUCAUGUGUUGAAGAGGUGGAUGCAGCAAUGUGUGCUCGACCACAUAAGGUUUAUGGACGAGUAGUGGAACCAAAGAGAGCUGUUUCUAGAGAGGAUUCUGUAAAGCCUGGUGCCCAUCUAACAGUGAAGAAAAUUUUUGUUUGUGGUAUUAAAGAAGAUACAGAGGAAUAUAACUUGAGAGACUACUUUGAAAAGUAUGGCAAAAUUGAAACCAUAGAAGUUAUGGAAGACAGGCAGAGUGGAAAAAAGAGAGGAUUUGCUUUUGUAACUUUUGAUGAUCAUAAUACAGUUGAUAAAAUUGUUGUUCAGAAAUACCACACUAUUAAUGGGCACAAUUGUGAAGUAAAAAAGGCCCUUUCUAAACAAGAAAUGCAGUCUGCUGGAUCUCAAAGAGGUCGUGGAGGUGGCUCUGGCAACUUUAUGGGUCGUGGAGGCAAUUUUGGAGGUGGUGGAGGAAACUUUGGCCGUGGUGGAAACUUUGGUGGAAGAGGAGGCUAUGGUGGUGGAGGUGGUGGCAGCAGAGGUAGUUAUGGAGGUGGUGAUGGUGGAUAUAAUGGAUUUGGUGGUGAUGGUGGCAACUAUGGCGGAGGUCCUGGUUAUAGUAGUAGAGGAGGCUAUGGUGGUGGAGGACCAGGAUACGGAAACCAAGGAGGUGGAUAUGGUGGAGGUGGUGAAGGAUAUGAUGGUUACAAUGAAGGAGGAAAUUUUGGUGGUGGUAACUAUGGUGGUGGCGGCAACUAUAAUGAUUUUGGAAAUUACAGUGGACAACAGCAAUCAAAUUAUGGACCCAUGAAAGGGGGCAGUUUUGGUGGCAGAAGCUCGGGCAGUCCAUAUGGUGGUGGUUAUGGAUCUGGUGGUGGAAGUGGUGGCUAUGGUAGCAGAAGGUUCUAAACUCAACAGCAAAGGGCUACAGUUCUUAGCAGGAGAGAGAGCGAGGAGUUGUCAGGAAAGCUGCAGGUUACUUUGAGACAGUCGUCCCAAAUCCAUUAGAGGAACUGUAAAAAUCUGCCACAGAAGGAGCGAUGAUCCAUAGUCAGAAAAGUUACUGCAGCUUAAACAGGAAACCCUUCUUGUUCAGGACUGUCAUAGCCACAGUUUGCAAAAGUGCAGCUAUUGAUUAAUGCAAUGUAGUGUCAAUUAGAUGUACAUUUCUGAGGUCUUUUAUCUGUUGUAGCUUUGUCUUUUUCUUUUUCUUUUCAUUACAUCAGGUAUAUUGCCCUGUAAAUUGUGGUAGUGGUACCAGGAAUAAAAAAUUAAGGAAUUUUUAACUUUUCAAAAAAAAAA